UUUGGCAGGGCCGCGGAUUCACCCAGCGGGAGCAGCGGCGGCCGCGGUGGCGGAGGCGACGGGCGGCGGCGCAGGAGCUCGGCCCGGCUCGGAGGCGGCAUCAGCGGCCCGAGGUGGGGCGGGUCGGCGAGGCCCGCUGCGGAGAUGGCCAACAUCGCGGUGCAGAGGAUCAAGCGGGAGUUCAAGGAGGUGCUGAAGAGCGAGGAGACGAGCAAAAAUCAGAUUAAAGUUGAUCUUGUAGAUGAGAAUUUUACAGAACUAAGAGGAGAAAUAGCAGGACCUCCAGAUACACCCUAUGAAGGAGGAAGAUAUCAACUAGAAAUAAAAAUUCCAGAAACGUAUCCAUUUAAUCCUCCUAAGGUGCGGUUUAUCACGAAAAUAUGGCAUCCUAACAUUAGCUCAGUCACUGGGGCCAUAUGCUUGGAUAUCCUAAAAGAUCAAUGGGCAGCAGCAAUGACUCUAAGGACAGUGUUGUUAUCACUUCAAGCACUCUUGGCAGCUGCAGAGCCUGAUGACCCACAAGAUGCAGUUGUAGCAAAUCAGUACAAACAAAAUCCAGAAAUGUUUAAACAGACGGCUCGACUUUGGGCGCACGUGUAUGCUGGAGCACCGGUUUCUAGUCCCGAGUACACCAAAAAGAUAGAAAACCUUUGUGCUAUGGGCUUCGAUAGGAAUGCAGUAAUAGUGGCCUUGUCAUCAAAAUCAUGGGAUGUAGAGACAGCGACAGAACUACUUCUGAGUAACUGAGCCAUGUGCAGAGAACUGCUUCCGUAGUCCAGCUUACCUUUUCUCGAGGAGCAGCACCAUCUCUUAUUUUUAGGUUUCUAUAUAGAUUCUCUUUUAAAACUGGCAUUCUCGCCUGAUGCUAUCUAGGCACUAUUGGAGACUGAAAAAAAAAAUGCUCUGUAAAUAAAGCUAAUUAAACGUCUGUGUAAAUUUAAAAAAAGAGGGGGAAAUACUUUAAUUUUUUCUUACUAAAUAUUGUAAAUUCCUUGAGCUUGGUGAAAACAGUGGGGGACGACAUGCCCGCUUUAGAGUUAGCGGUUGUGACCAAGAUUAGCAGGAAUUUGUGUCAGGAUUUUGACUUUAAGAAUUACUCAGAACACAUCACUUGAUUGUAUCCAUAGUCAUCGGUUGUUGACGUCACUCAUCCCAGCUACCUUAACCAUUUUUUAAAAAUGGAUCCUACGUGCCUGUGAACUGACCUUGUAUUUGCAUGCUUGUACUUUACUUAGACACUUAAAAAAAAAGUAGGGUAAACUGAACAGGAGCACCAUUUGAAAUAACUCGAGUAUUCAUUCUUGUAACUUUUCCUUCAAAAACUUUCCAAGCGGGCUCGUAGUUCAACACGAGGACCUGCUCUGAAACGUUUUCACCGCCUAAUAAUGAACUGCAACCCCGCAUCUCUUUCCCCCUCACUUCCCCACCCACGCACCCCAGCUGCACACACAACUACAGCAUCACACUAGAAUCUCUCCAGGAUUUUGUGGGUCUGUGCCAUUUAAAGUAGCCUAGUUUCCCACUCCGGGUGGUAUAUUUUGAAUAACCGGUACAAGUGUUUCAACCAUUGUAAUUUCUACACUUAUUGUAUAAAGGUUUGGUAUAUUUGGACAUAGCACAAACAAGUGGAGCUGCUCUUUUGUUUCGUACACAGAAAUCAAACCUCUUUCAAUAAAUUCUGGACGGAAUUUCGCUGGGAAGAACCGGUUCUCUGUCAACAGUUUUCUCCAGUAUUCGUUGUGGUGCAAUCAGAUUUUUGGUAAUAGCUUCCUAGUUGAAUUUUGGACAUAAUUUUGGGUAAGGGGUGCUUUAGAUGUCACACUCUACAUUUUUUUUCCAUGGUUGAACUUGGAAGUCUUGUGUUUUUUUUAAUUGUACAUAUGUUAAAAGCCAGUAGGAGUCUCUUCUGGGUUGAUGUCUGCUAUAACACUUGUACAUAUAGUCUGUCUUUUUAUUCGGCCCUGAGAGAUCGAAAACCUCUGAAUCAUUAGUUUUGUAAUCGCAAAACACGCAUAUCUUUUUUGGAAGUUAUAUAUUUGCAGAACUGCAUCAAUUACUUUUGAGCUAACAGGCAAAGAUAUGAGGGCAUCAUCAGAGAAAACCAAGUGCUCUCCAGUGUUUCUUCUGUAUAGUAGAUAGAAAAGUGUACAGUCCAUUUUUGCUUGAAGAUCCGACAAUGGACUGUUGUUCAUCACUCCUAUUGCUGAUUAGUCAUCUCACAACUGCCAAGCAUCUGAUGCAAAAUAGAGAAAUUGAAGAGAUGGGUGUGAGCUAACUAAUUGGAGGGUUGUUUUCUGCAGGAAAGUUUGUCCGUACCUUCCAAGUUACUAGGGCUCUCAAGCUGAAAAAAAAAGCACUGAUCUUGAUCUCUUCGCCUCCUGUUUAUGCAUUUGGUGAUAGUUUUCUUUCCUUGCAGUCUUGUAAAUCACUUUCAAAUGCCAAAGGAAAUGUGAUCUUUUUUUUUUGUUAUUCCUUGAUAUUUAUUUAUUUUUUUAACAAGCUGCUGCUGCUGCUCGAUGAGUUUGUUAAAUAAUAACCAGGGCCAUCGCAUCCCUGACAAUCUGCCAUUUGUGUUUGUACUUUUUAAAAUGGUCGCUAUUAUGAGUUCCUCUGCAACAUUGUUUACCCUGGUGGUAAUUAUGUAAAUGGCUGUUGGCUUGCAUUUCCCUUGUUCUUUGCAGUUUAUUAAAGGAAAGAAUGAGGAGUGGUUAGAAGGAAAAAAAAUGUCUUCUGCUUUUCCAUCUGAAUCAUACUAAUCCUUACAGGGAAGCUUUCCGUGAUUGUGUCAAUGAGACCGGAAGGGCUUAGAGCACAGGAGAAAAGGCUCAUGCCAAACUAGGGGUGUCUAACUCAGAUGUUAAUGAACUAUGAUUCCCAUCAGCCCCUGCUAAUACUGGCAGGCGCUGAUGGGAAUCGUAGUUCAUUAACACCUGGAGGGCCAGAGUUGGACACUCCUGUGCUGAACCUCCUAGUUGUGAGUUUUCUCUUGGUUACAGAACUUGUGUGUAUGUGUCUGUGUACACAUAUAAUUGAUCGUACAGGUGCUAAGCUUCCCGUUUUAUGGUUUUAUUAAUAGCAGUAGUUUUUGCUAGCACAUCUGAGAAUAGAUAUUUUCAAGAGUCAAAAAAUACUACACUGAGGCAGAUUCCACAUGGGCCAAAUACAGUGGUGUGAAAACGGUGUAAACCCCUUUAUACCGUUUUCACACCACUGUUUUUGGCCCAUGCAGAAUCCGCCUGAAUAGGAAUCUAUACCUUGAAUUUAAUGACAAUUUGGGGAACUGAGUGUCAAUACAAGAGUGUGUUUAUGUUUCAUAGUAACUGCAGCCAGAAUCACUGCCACUGAGCUGGUUUGGGAAUGAUAUAUUCAGUAGUCCUCCAUAAAAAAAGGGUGAAAAAUCAAGUGUGCCCUUAUGGUUGUGGCUUGCAGAGGUGUAGUGAAGGUACAGCCGCUGUUAUCCUCAUUGUCCAUAUUAAUUGAUGCUGUGAAAUCUUGCCCAUUGUAAAGAUGAUUUUGAAAGACCCCAUUUCUGGGAGUUUUAAACAGCUUGUAUAUUUUGUCUUGCAAAUCUGUUGGAACCAAUUGGUAUCUUUGGAUACCAAGAAGAAUCCCGUUUUGUGUGUUUUCAGUAAACUCUUAGCUCAUUGUGGAGACAAGAGAGGAGAUGUGCCCUGCUAAGUCUUUAUAAGUGCCAAAAAAACCCCUCCCAAAUGAAUUGGUCUCCAACACUCCUACUGGAAAGAGGAAUUCAUGAUUCUUAAUUGGUUAUGUGUUUACAUCAAGCUGCCAGUAACAUUGCUCUCAAAGAAAAAUGCAUGCUAGUAUUUGCAUGUAUUAUUUUACAUUCUAGUUGCCAAGGCUGCAGAAAUGUGAGGCUUUCCAGCAAUGUUUAAUCAAUGGAAAGAUGAUAAUGGAACUUACUGAGCAGCUGUGUUUAAAUACAGUGUAUAAGCUUGUUUUUGGCCUAAUUUUAAUUUGAUAUACUUAAAGGGGGAAACACCUUGAGCACAAAACUACAGGCAGCCAUUAGAAUGAAAAGAAAAACCACGUGGCUGAAAGGAUCUUUAUUUGAAGACGAAUGUAUUUUGCAGUAGCAAAAGCUAUACAGAGAGCCAAGUUACAAAUGUACACCUAAUAUUUUUUUUAAAAAAAUGCAUCAAAUCAUUUUUCCAGUAAAUGGUGGUAACUGUUGGCUGAAGGACUAAUUGUGCCCCUUGGUUUUAUUGCACCCAAUAAAAUCUUCCUGUUUAUUUGUUGUGAAACCUGGCUAGAACACACAGCACCUUUUCAAGAGGCAAGCUGUAUGAAGCAAAACUUCUUCGGCACUGGCAGGUAUUGGCCUUCACUUUAGGUGGCCUCAGACAACCUCAGCAGUUGUACUUACUGUGAAUGGAACAGGACUUUCUAAAGAGCUGCAACCCUUAAUGGGCUCCAUAUCCCAUCACUUUUGCCAGCUACGUUAUGUUAGGUUACCAAGCGGGGAGAAGGUUCUGAAGCUCACUACGGAUCGCAUUUAGUCUGGCGACCCAGUUCUGCAAGGGAUCCCUUUUCUCGUAGCUGCAGAAAUCACCGAACGCAGAAGAGUGUGCAAAACGGUUGCAGGUUGCGUACAUGCACAAAACCAGUAGGAAAUGUGCUAUUGCUGAAGAAGCGACCGUUGUGCUUGGGACAUCUUUGAAGCACUAGUGGUUCUCGCACACUGCCUUGAUAGGAACAUGGGAGAUGAGCCCAUGCCCAGAAAAUGGCACAUUAGCUGUAACUGCCCCAGUGAAAAUAUGUACUCUUCCCUGUUCAUAUGAUGUGUCCUGAGAAAGUUCAGGAGUUUUUACUUGCUUAUUUUGAGUGUGCUGUUCCACAAAGUUCCCAAUUGACAAUGAAUUACAUGCCCAUUUGCUGUAGCGCUUCUGUGAGCCUUUAUAUGCUCUACAGCCAAUGCAGAGGGGGAGCAUCUACUGAACAGCUUAAAAUGUAGCCAUUCCAUUAAUAUUUCCAAAUGAUGCCAAAAAAAGAGCCAAGGUACUAUGAGACCUCCUCCAAUAAAAAUUGAAACAUGGUGCUCAUUUGUAGCUAGAGAAUGCCUCUCAGAAAAUUCUGUAACCAUCGAACAUUCUUGCUGGCUGAUGAUCAUUUUCCAUCUCAAUUUGUGUUGUGUUUUUUCCCCCCUUCCUGCCCAAGAUGACAAAGGGUACCUGCCGGAAGCUAUCAACUGGAGCCUUCUACUUCGCUGUAAAUGAUGAGUGGGUUCAAAUGUGGCAUUGGGGGUGUGUGGGCCUCUUGAGAAUUAAAAACUACACAACACUUUUGUACACAAUUUUUUAAAAUAAAUACACAUUUUAAAAAAUGUUGAUUUCCACUGCAAAUGCUUAAUAAAUGCAUGUUUCCCUGAA